GGUGACAUGCGACGCACUCGGUUCAUAGCUGCACUUUUGGCCUCGCUGAAUGCUGCGAGUGCCACUAAAUCCCACAAGACUUUUGCCAACUACACUGCCGCUGAGCUUCCGCAGGAUGUCUUCUCCAUCUACGGCGACCGCCCGGACGGCUGCCCCCCAUGCUUCAACUGCAAUCUCGACGACUUUCAGUGCCACCAGUUCGCCAAAUGUAUAAAAGGGAAUGGCAAGUGUGACUGCACACCCGGUUUUGGAGGCGAGGACUGUUCAACGCCUCUUUGUGGCGCCCUGCCCGAUGGCAACAGGAACCGAGCACCGAGAGACGGCAACUCCUGUGAGUGCAAAGACGGUUGGGGUGGCAUCAACUGCAAUGUUUGCCAAACCAACCAAGCCUGCAACGCCAUGAUGCCUGAAGGCGAGGGUGGAGUCUGCUUCAAACAGGGUGCCCUCGUCAAGGAAAACUUCCAGAUGUGCGACAUCACCAACAAGAAGAUUCUCGAUCAGUUGAAAGACAAGAAGCCGCAGGCGACCUUCUCAUGCAACGCCGAAACAGACGAAUGCAACUUUCAAUUCUGGGUUGACCAGCGAGAAUCAUUCUACUGUGCCCUGGACACCUGUACCUCAUCCUUCACCGCCGAAACCUCCCGAAACAUCUCCGACUACGAAUGCCAGAACAUCAAAUGUGCAUGUGUGCCUGGAAGGAUGCUGUGUGGCGAGGAGGGAUCAAUCGACAUAGGAGAGUUCUUGACCGAGUCAAUCAAGGGCCCUGCUUCGUUCAAGUCUAUUUCCACUGAAGACGGCAAGGAUAGCGGUAGUAUCUUCUCUGAGCCAGCAAUGGACGACUUGAUUCAGAGCAUCUUUGCCGACCAAAGCAUUUUCCUCCAGUGCGAUGCUGGAGAGUGUCUGUACGAGACCGAAGUCCCAGGCUACGAACGACCUGUCAAGACUAUCAACACGCCCCUGAUAGCCAGUGUCAUUGCUGGCUGCGCUUUAUUCAUCGUUGCAGUCAUUUUGAUUGCCUGGUAUCUGGCGCGAAGAGCCGAGAGGAAUCGCUAUGGUCCCAUUCAUCUCUCAGAUGACGAGGAAGACGAGAGUGCCAAAAUACUUGCAGAUCAGAAACCUGCCGCCCUUGCUUUCGAGAACGUUUCCUACAAUCUUAACGGCAAACAGAUUCUUUCUGGCAUAUCCGGCACAGUCCAUCCAGGAGAGCUCAUGGCCAUUAUGGGCGCCUCUGGUGCAGGCAAGACAACCUUCCUCGAUAUACUCGCUCGUAAGAACAAGGUCGGUGUACACGGUGGCGACUUUUACUUGAACGGAGAAAAGGUCCUUGACACCGAGUUCCGAAGUGUCAUUGGAUUCGUCGAUCAGGAUGAUACCAUGCUCCCUACUCUGACGGUCCAUGAAACCAUUCUCGACUCAGCACUCUUACGACUCCCACGAGAGAUGAGUCGUGCGUCAAAAGAGCAAAGGGUUGAAGAUGUUGAGAAACAGCUGGGCAUCUACCACAUUCGUCACCAGAAGAUAGGCUCAGAGGAGAGCGGCCGGGGCAUCUCUGGUGGCGAGAAGCGCCGUGUUGGUAUCGCAUGCGAGCUCGUUACGUCUCCCAGCAUUCUCUUCCUCGAUGAACCGACGAGCGGCCUGGAUGCUUUCAACGCUUUCAAUGUGGUGGAAUGUCUUGUACACCUUGUCAAGAACUACAACCGAACCGUCAUCUUCACCAUUCAUCAACCCCGAUCCAACAUCGUCGCUCUAUUCGAUCAACUCGUUCUACUUGCUAAAGGUAGGACGGUUUAUUCCGGACCAUUUGAGAGCUGCCAGGCCUAUUUUGACAACAUUGGAUAUACCUGCCCUCCCGGUUUCAACAUCGCCGACUACCUAGUGGACCUUACAAUGCACGCGAGUACAGCGACUCGCUUCAUCGAAGAAGACGGAUCUUUGUUUUCUAGGGAUGGGUUGGGCACUAGAGCGAGCAGUGCAAUUGGUGUCAAGUCUAUCAGAAGCGUCAAUACCGACCAGGACACGUUGGGAGCCCCUAGCAUCUCAAGCAUUCGACCAAAGAGUAAGCGCAGGACAUCGGUGCGACAGCAGCAGGAGCGUGAGCUUUUCACACGGAAGAAGAGCUCUGCGCCCCAAGACGGUGGACCCCCUCCUCAAAUUCUGGAUGAUCCUGAUGAGCUCCCUCCACCUGCUGAUGGCGGCACCGGCACCAACCUAGAUACUCUGGUCCGCGCGUAUCUGACCUCAGAUGUUGCUGGAUCUGUUCACGACGAUAUUGCCACCGCAGUCACACAAGCAAACGACGCAAAUGGCCAUAGUAGUACCGGCCAACAGUCCAAUGGAGUAGCAAUUGCUGGCAAAGUCAAAGGGUUCCGUAAAGUUGGUCUGGUCGGCCAAUUCGUCAUUUUGUCGAAGCGAACCUGGCGCAAUCUAUACCGGAACCCCAUGCUGAUGCUGACGCAUUACGCCAUCGCCAUUGUACUCGCCGUGUUUCUCGGGUUUCUGUUCUUUGGUCUGACAGACGACAUCAAAGGCUUCCAAAAUCGUCUUGGUCUCUUCUUCUUCGUGCUUGCCCUGUUCGGCUUUAGUACGCUUACCGUACUUACCGUCUUUGCUCCUGAGCGACUGCUCUUUACCCGUGAGCGAGCCAAGGGUUACUAUUCGCCGAUCUCCUACUUUGCCGCCAAAGUUUUCUUUGAUAUUGUUCCACUCCGUCUCAUCCCUCCAAUCAUUCUCGGUGUCAUUGUGUAUCCAAUGAGCGGACUGAUUCCGGCGUGGCCCGAGUUCCUCAAGUUCAUCUUGUUCCUGGUAUUGUUCAACCUUGCAGCGGCCGCUAUAUGUCUAUUCAUCGGUAUUGUGUUCAGAAACGGAGGAGUGGCCAAUCUUGUCAGCAUACUCGUCAUGCUCUUCAGCUUGCUCUUCUCUGGCUUCUUCCUCAACAAAGACAGUAUUCCAGCGGCUGCCAAGUGGUUGCAAUCGCUCUCAAUUUUCCACUACGCCUUUGAGGGUCUCAUCGUCAACGAGGUAGCCUAUCUAUCCCUAGUAGACCACAAGUACGGGCUCGACAUUGAAGUACCGGGAUCAGCCAUUCUGAGCUCGUUUGGCUUCAGCACGCAAGCUCUUUGGCGCGAUUGCAUUGGCCUUGCUGUCUUUGGGGGAUCAUUUGUUAUCUUGGCUUAUCUAGCCAUGCACCUCUUGCUUGUUGAGAAGCGGUAGUGGGGUUUGCGCGAAGUGUGCUGCUGUUGAAGUAGCAGUUCAUUAGAGUCAUGUACGAUAUAGAUAGACAUGGGCUUCUCGUGGUGCACGCGAGAGCUCCUUUUUCCCUUGGUUCCUUCUCUAGUUCUCUAUCAUAUCUCCAUAUAGCUUUCCUCUUUUUCUCCUUCUCACGUUGCAUAUAGUCAUGAAGCGGGGAUCGGGUGAAGUCCACCAAGUACAUACACAUAACCAUAACAUACCUGCAUGAAGAUGACAGUGCCGAUUUCUCUGCGAAUGCUCCUGUUGUUAAGGCCCUGCUUACCUACUUGCACUGGCAAGGCAGUCAUCACCAC